GAGUGUGCUGGUGAACCUCUGUUCUCCCUCUUCUGUGCCAUCAAGCAGCAGAUGGAAAAGGGUCCCAUCGAUUCGAUCACUGGGGAGGCCCGGUACUCGCUGAGUGAGGACAAGCUUAUCCGACAGCAGAUUGAUUACAAGACACUGGUCCUCAGCUGCGUGAACCCCGACAACGUGAACAGCCCCGAGAUCCCGGUGAAGAUCCUGAAUUGCGACACCAUCACGCAGGUCAAGGAGAAAAUCCUCGAUGCCAUCUUCAAGAACGUGCCUUGCUCCCACCGGCCCAAAGCUGCUGACAUGGACUUGGAGUGGCGGCAAGCAAGCGGGGCAAGGAUGAUCCUUCAGGAUGAAGACAUCACAACCAAGAUAGAGAAUGACUGGAAGAGACUCAACACGCUGGCACACUAUCAGGUGCCAGAUGGGUCUGUGGUUGCCUUAGUCUCCAAGCAAGUCACUGCCUACAAUGCAGUCAACAACUCCACGGUCUCCCGGACCUCAGCCAGCAAAUACGAAAACAUGAUCCGAUACACAGGCAGCCCAGACAGCCUCCGCUCCCGCACACCCAUGAUCACUCCUGACCUUGAGAGCGGAGUCAAGAUGUGGCACUUGGUGAAGAACCAUGAGCAUGGUGACCAAAAAGAGGGUGACCGGGGCAGCAAGAUGGUUUCUGAGAUCUACCUGACGAGGCUACUUGCCACCAAGGGUACCCUCCAGAAGUUUGUAGACGACCUCUUUGAGACCAUCUUCAGCACUGCUCACCGCGGCAGUGCGCUUCCCCUGGCUAUCAAAUACAUGUUCGACUUCCUGGAUGAGCAGGCUGACAAGCACAACAUCCAUGACCCCCACGUGCGGCACACCUGGAAAAGCAAUUGCUUGCCAUUACGGUUCUGGGUUAACAUGAUCAAGAACCCCCAGUUCGUCUUCGACAUCCACAAGAACAGCAUCACAGAUGCCUGCCUCUCUGUCGUGGCUCAGACUUUCAUGGACUCCUGUUCGACCUCAGAGCACCGCCUGGGCAAAGACUCACCCUCCAACAAGCUCCUCUAUGCCAAGGACAUCCCCAGCUACAAGAACUGGGUGGAAAGGUGAGUUUUAGU